GUCACAGUUCCCAGUGGACAGGCAGCGUCUUCGCUUCGUUCUUUGGUCCGUGAUCUUCUGACGCUGCUCCCCUCCCGUUCCGACAUGGCGGAGGUUAAGGACAUCGAGAAGCUGUUUGAAACCGACGGCUACCUGCGAUCCCAUGAGCAUGAGAUCCGGCGCAGACACGGCGUACUGCAGGACUGGCUAAACAGGAUUAACCAGGGCGAGGGUGGACUGGAGCAGUUCUCACAGGGCUACAAGUACUAUGGCCUCCAUUUUCAACCCGACAAUUCGGUGAUUGCCCGUGAAUGGGCACCUGGAGCCAGGGAUGUGUACCUCACUGGAGAUUUUAACAAUUGGCACUGGGAGUCGCAUCCCUUCAAGAAGCUCGACUUCGGCAAGUGGGAGCUUCACCUGCCCCCCAACGCGGACGGCAGUCCAGCGAUCAAGCACUUGAGCGAAAUUAAGGUGAUCAUUCGCAACCAUUCCGGCCAGUUGCUGGACCGUCUGUCGCCAUGGGCCAAGUACGUGGUUCAGCCACCCAAGUCGGCCAAUCAGGGCGUCAACUACAAGCAGUACGUGUGGGAGCCCCCAUCCUACGAGCGCUACCAGCGCCAGCAUCCUCGGCCGGCCAAGCCAAAGUCGCUAAGGAUAUACGAGUGUCACGUGGGCAUAGCCUCCCAGGAGCCUCGUGUGGGUAGCUAUGAUGAGUUCGCCGACCGUAUCGUGCCGCGCAUCAAGCGUCAAGGGUACAACUGCAUCCAGGUGAUGGCCAUUAUGGAGCAUGCCUACUACGCCAGUUUUGGCUACCAGGUGACCAGUUUCUAUGCUGCCUCCAGUCGCUAUGGUAACCCCGAGCAGCUGAAGCGUAUGAUCGAUGUGGCCCACUCCCAUGGCCUGUAUGUGCUCCUGGACGUGGUCCAUUCGCACGCAUCUAAGAACGUGCAGGACGGCCUGAACCAGUUCGACGGCACCAACAGCUGCUUCUUCCACGAUGGAGCCCGCGGCGAGCACUCUCUGUGGGACAGUCGUCUCUUCAACUACGUGGAGUACGAGGUGUUGCGUUUCCUUCUGUCCAACCUGCGUUGGUGGCACGAUGAGUACAACUUUGACGGCUAUCGGUUCGAUGGCGUCACCUCCAUGCUGUACCAUUCGAGGGGCAUUGGCGAGGGAUUCAGUGGCGACUACAACGAAUACUUUGGCCUGAACGUGGACACGGAUGCCCUCAACUACCUGGGCCUGGCCAAUCAUUUGCUGCACACCUUGGAUCCGGAGACCAUUACCAUUGCGGAGGAUGUGUCCGGUAUGCCCACCUUGUGCCGCCCCGUUUCGGAGGGCGGCAUUGGCUUCGAUUACCGCCUAGGCAUGGCCAUUCCGGACAAGUGGAUUGAGCUGCUGAAGGAGCAGAGCGACGACGAGUGGAACAUGGGCAACGUGGUGCACACGUUGACCAACCGCCGCUGGAUGGAGAACACGGUGGCGUACGCUGAGUCUCACGACCAGGCUUUGGUGGGUGACAAGACGAUUGCCUUCUGGCUCAUGGACAAGGAGAUGUACACGCACAUGUCAACGCUGUCGGAUUCCUCGCUGAUCAUCGACCGAGGACUGUCGCUGCACAAGAUGAUCCGGCUGAUAACGCACUCGCUGGGCGGCGAGGCCUACCUGAACUUCAUGGGCAACGAGUUCGGUCACCCGGAGUGGCUCGAUUUUCCGCGCGUCGGCAACAAUGACUCCUAUCAUUAUGCCCGCCGUCAGUGGAACCUGGUCGACGACGAGCUUCUGAAGUACAAGUACCUCAACGAGUUCGAUCGGGCCAUGAACGAGCUGGAGGAGCGCUACGGCUGGCUGCAUUCCGGACCCGCCUACGUCAGCUGGAAGCACGAGGGCGACAAGAUCAUAGCCUUUGAGCGAGCUGGCCUGGUGUUCGUCUUCAACUUCCAUCCCCAGCGGAGUUUCACCGGGUAUCGCGUGGGCACCAACUGGGCCGGUACAUACCAGGCGGUGCUCUCCUCUGAUGAUCCGCUCUUUGGUGGACACAACCGCAUCGAUGCCAACUGCAAUCACCGCUCCAACCCAGAGGGCUAUGCCGGCCGAAGCAACUUCAUCGAGGUCUAUGCCCCAUCGCGCACGGCCGUGAUCUAUGCCCGCGUCAGCGACUAGCCCGUAGUCGAGAGUCGAGCCGUACCCCAGACUCGGUCUCUGAAUUUGUAAAUGCCGAAACGAAUUUCAGCCUUAGUCAUAGUCUUUGUUAAUGUUACGAAUCGGAAAAUUGCCAUCGUUGAAAUAUAUAUGCACAGUGAGGUAUAGUUUUCUAAAAUCGA